GUGGCAAAACCGUAGAAUCCCACGGACCUCAGGCCUCAACUAGGGUCCCAAACUAAAAGGGUAACAAAGCCUAGCAAAACCUUUCCGUCCGUUACUGCUAUAGCGUUCAUCAUCCCAUUCCUUCCCCACCACCACCUCCUGCUUCUACACUACUGGACUGCUGCUGCUGCUCUCCCCCUCCCCUCCCCUCCCCUCCCCUCCCGGCCGCCGCCGCCGCCGCCGCGUGUUCUCUCUCAUCUAGGGUUUCAUCUCCAUCUAGUCGAGCAUUCCCGUGCUGGGGUGGGGAGUGGGAGACUCGACUCGAUUUGAUUCGACUCCAUUUCGUGCUAGCGCCUAGCGCUGCAGAGCGAGUGAGGUGACGGGAAUGGCGGCUCCGGGGCGGAGGACGGCGGACGUGUCCUCGUCCUCGCCCUCUCCGUCCCCUGCCGCCCCCUCCACCGGCAGGCGCCUCCUGCGCACGCAGACCGUCGCCAACCUCGGCGAGUCCAUCUUCGACAGCGAGGUCGUGCCGUCCUCGCUCGUCGAGAUCGCGCCCAUCCUCCGCGUCGCCAACGAGGUCGAGGUUGAAAACCCGCGCGUCGCCUACCUCUGUCGCUUCUACGCUUUCGAGAAGGCUCACCGCCUCGACCCGACUUCCAGUGGCCGUGGUGUUCGUCAGUUUAAGACCGCACUUCUGCAGAGGCUUGAGAGGGAAAAUGACCCCACACUGAAGGGAAGGGUCCACAAGAGCGAUGCUAGUGAGAUGCAACGCUUCUACCGCGAAUACUACAGGAAGUACAUCCAGGCACUGCAAACUGUCGUUAAUAAGGAUGACCGUGCGCGCCUCACUAAGGCAUACCAAACGGCUGCUAUCUUGUUUGAGGUUUUGAGGGCUGUUAAUGAUUCCCAGUCCGUUGAAGUCGAUCAAGCGAUUUUGGAUACACACAUCAAGGUCGAAGAAAAGAAAAAGCUGUUUCUACCUUAUAACAUUCUCCCGCUCGAUCCUGAAAGUACUGGCGAAGCCAUUAUGCGAUAUCCAGAGAUUCAAGCUGCUGUUUAUGCUCUUCGCAAUACUAGAGGUCUGCCAUGGCCAAAGGACCAAGACAAGAAGCCUGAAGAGAAGAAUACUGGCAAAGACCUUCUUGAUUGGCUUCAGGCUAUGUUUGGGUUUCAGAAAGACAAUGUGUCCAACCAAAGGGAACAUUUGAUACUGUUGCUUGCAAAUGUUCAUAUAAGGAAAAUACCCAAGGCUGACCAACAACCGAAGUUGGAUGACAAAGCUCUGGAUGAUGUAAUGAAGAAGCUAUUUAAGAAUUAUAAGAAGUGGUGCAAGUACCUCGGCCGCAAAAGCAGUUUAUGGUUGCCAACCAUCCAGCAGGAAGUGCAGCAGCGUAAGCUUCUUUAUAUGGGUCUCUACCUGCUGAUUUGGGGUGAGGCGGCCAACUUGAGAUUCAUGCCAGAGUGUAUUUGUUACAUCUACCAUCAUAUGGCUUUUGAACUCUAUGGCAUGCUGGCUGGAAAUGUGAGCCCAAUGACUGGUGAAAAUGUUAGACCAGCAUAUGGUGGUGACGAAGAAGCCUUUUUGACGAAAGUCGUGACUCCAAUAUACAAAGUUAUAGAGAAGGAAGCUGAAAGGAGCAAGACCAUGAAAUCAAAGCAUUCACAUUGGAGAAACUAUGAUGAUCUGAAUGAGUACUUUUGGUCAGUUGAUUGUUUCCGGCUAGGAUGGCCUAUGAGAGCCGACGCUGACUUUUUCAAAACUCCAAAAGAUCCUUAUCUGAAUCAUUUGAAUGGAGAGAACAGAUCUGCAGGCAAUGUCCAUUGGAUGGGAAAAGUUAAUUUUGUGGAGAUACGUUCAUUUUGGCACAUAUUCCGUAGUUUUGACAGAAUGUGGAUCUUCUUAAUAUUGUCCUUACAGGCCAUGAUAAUUAUUGCUUGGAAUGGUGGAACACCAAGUGAUAUCUUUGAUGCUGGCGUAUUUAAGAAGGUUUUGAGCAUAUUUAUUUCUGCAGCAAUUUUGAAGUUGGGUCAAGCAAUCCUAGAUCUCGUAUUUGGCUGGAAAGCAAAAAGAAGCAUGUCAUUUGCAGUCAAGCUACGAUAUGUCUUGAAAUUAAUAUCUGCUGCUGCAUGGGUUGUGAUUUUACCAGUGACUUACGCGUACACUUGGGAGAAUCCUACUGGUCUUGCAAGAACAAUAAAAAGCUGGCUUGGGGAUGGUCAGAAUCAGCCAUCUUUGUAUAUACUGGCAGUAGUGAUAUAUAUGGCACCAAACAUACUUGCUUCUAUGCUAUUUCUUUUCCCAUUUAUGAGAAGAAUCCUAGAGAGUUCAAAUGUUAAGGUCAUAACGAUCAUGAUGUGGUGGUCUCAGCCUCGGUUAUUUGUUGGUAGAGGGAUGCACGAAGGUGCAUUCUCCCUCUUCAAGUAUACCAUGUUCUGGAUUAUUCUUUUAGCAAUGAAGUUGAUUGUAAGCUUCUAUAUUGAGAUCAAACCUCUGGUACAGCCAACCAAAGAUAUAAUGAGAGAACCUAUCAGGACAUUCCAGUGGCACGAGUUUUUCCCUCAUGGAACUAACAAUAUUGGUGUUGUUAUAUCACUCUGGGCUCCAAUAAUCCUGGUAUAUUUCAUGGACACCCAAAUUUGGUAUGCACUGUUCUCUACUCUGAUUGGUGGCAUCUACGGGGCUUAUCGUCGUCUUGGUGAGAUACGUACAUUAGGAAUGUUGAGAUCUCGCUUUGAAUCUUUGCCUGAGGCCUUCAAUGAACGCUUGAUUCCUUCUGAUGCAAAUAAGAGUAAAGGUCUUCGUGCUGCUUUUUCGAGUAGACCCAAGGCUUCUGGUGACGAAAGUGAGAGAGAGAAAAGAGCUGCAAGGUUUGCUCAAAUGUGGAACGCCAUUAUUACAAGUUUCCGCGAAGAGGAUCUCAUAGACAAUAGGGAGAAGGAUCUGCUACUGGUUCCAGACUGUAAAGACCGUGAACUUGAUAUAUUCCAAUGGCCGCCUUUCCUACUUGCUAGCAAGAUCCCAAUAGCACUGGAUAUGGCAGCAGACAGUGGUGGAAAAGACCGUGAUCUGACGAAGAGGAUAAAGUCAGAUCCAUACUUUUCCUUUGCUAUCAGAGAAUGCUAUGCUUCAUUCAAGAACAUCAUCAAUACCUUAGUAUUUGGUCAGCGGGAGAAAGAUGUCCUAGUACAGAUUUUCACAGUUGUUGAUAAGCAUAUAGAAGAGGAAACUCUGAUAACGGGUCUCAAUAUGAAGAACCUUCCUGCACUGAGCAAGAAGUUUGUUGAAUUACUUGAGUUACUGCAAAAAAACAAGGAGGAAGACUUGGGUCAGGUAGUUAUUUUGUUCCAAGAUAUGCUCGAGGUGGUCACGAGGGAUAUAAUGGAGGAACAGGACCUGCUCGAGACGUUGGAUUCUUUACAUGGUGCCAAUAGUAGAAAACAUGAAGGAAUUACACCGCUAGAUCAGCAAGACCAGUUGUUUGCUAAAGCUAUUAAGUUUCCUGUGGUGGAAUCAAAUGCAUGGACUGAAAAGAUAAAGAGGCUUCAUCUUCUGUUAACUGUGAAAGAGUCUGCUAUGGAUGUUCCUAUUAAUCUUGAUGCUAGGCGGCGGAUAUCGUUCUUCGCAAAUUCUCUAUUUAUGGAUAUGCCCAAUGCUCCAAAAGUUCGGAACAUGUUGCCCUUCUCUAUCUUGACUCCUUAUUACAAGGAAGAUGUUCUGUUUUCAUUACAAAAUCUGGAAGAGCGAAAUGAGGAUGGAGUUUCCAUUCUUUUCUACUUGCAAAAAAUUUACCCAGAUGAAUGGAAAAAUUUCCUCGAAAGGGUGGGCUGCAAGAAUGAAGAGGUACUCCGUGAAGAUGAACAGCUGGAAGAGAAGCUUUGUCUUUGGGUGUCAUAUAGGGGGCAGACAUUAACAAGAACUGUAAGAGGGAUGAUGUACUAUCGAAAAGCUUUGGAGCUUCAGGCUUUUCUUGAUAUGGCCAACAAUGAUGAUCUUAUGAAAGGCUACAGAGCAAUGGAAGUAAUGUCUGAGGACUCACCAUUAAAGACUCAAUGCAAGGCUAUAGCCGACAUGAAGUUUACAUAUGUUGUCUCAUGCCAACUAUAUGGAAUUCAGAAGCGUUCUAAUGAGCCUUGCGCACAUGAUAUUUUGAGACUAAUGACAGAGUAUCCAUCACUUAGGGUCGCCUAUAUUGAUGAAGUUGAAGCACCCAGCAAAGAUAGAAUCAAGAAGAUUGAAAAGGUUUACUACUCAGUGUUAGUGAAGGCUUCUGUUACAAAACCUAAUGAGCCUGGUCAGAGCCUUGAUCAGGUCAUCUACAAGAUAAAACUACCAGGUAAUGCCAUUUUAGGUGAAGGAAAGCCAGAAAACCAGAACCAUGCAAUAAUAUUCACCCGAGGCGAAUGUCUCCAAACUAUAGAUAUGAAUCAGGAGCACUAUAUGGAGGAGGCUUUGAAAAUGAGAAAUCUGCUGCAAGAGUUUGAGAAGAAACAUGGAGUGAGACAUCCAUCAAUACUUGGAGUCAGAGAACACAUAUUUACGGGCAGUGUGUCAUCCCUUGCUUGGUUCAUGUCAAAUCAGGAAACUAGUUUUGUGACAAUUGGACAACGAGUGCUUGCCAAUCCACUGAGGGUUCGGUUUCAUUAUGGCCAUCCUGAUGUCUUCGAUCGUCUUUUCCACGUUACGAGGGGCGGUGUCAGUAAAGCAUCCAAAAUUAUCAAUCUUAGUGAGGACAUCUUUGCAGGAUUCAAUUCCACAUUGCGCGAAGGCAAUGUUACUCACCAUGAAUACAUGCAAGUUGGCAAAGGAAGGGAUGUAGGUCUCAAUCAAAUAUCUCUGUUUGAGGCAAAGAUAGCAAAUGGCAAUGGCGAACAAACGCUGAGCCGUGACAUCUACCGGCUAGGUCAUCGCUUUGAUUUCUUCAGGAUGCUGUCUUGUUACUACACAACAAUUGGUUUCUACUUCAGUACAAUGAUUACAGUAUGGACUGUAUAUGUUUUCCUCUACGGCCGGCUAUAUCUUGUACUUAGUGGACUCGAUGAAGCACUGGCUACUGGAAAGAGGUUUGUGCACAAUACACCUCUCCAGGUUGCUCUUGCGUCAGAGUCUUUUGUGCAACUUGGAUUUUUGAUGGCGCUGCCCAUGAUGAUGGAAAUCGGUUUGGAGAGAGGAUUCAGAACUGCAUUGAGUGAUUUUAUACUGAUGCAGCUUCAGUUGGCCUCUGUUUUCUUCACAUUCUCGUUGGGAACAAAAACUCACUACUACGGAAGGACGUUACUCCAUGGAGGAGCGGAAUACAGAGCCACUGGACGUGGGUUUGUGGUGUUCCAUGCCAAAUUUGCUGAGAACUAUCGACUUUAUUCCCGUAGCCAUUUUGUCAAGGGCCUUGAGCUGAUGAUUCUACUAGUUGUGUAUGAAAUAUUUGGUCAGUCAUAUAGAGGGGCUAUAACUUACAUCUUCAUCACCGUAUCCAUGUGGUUCAUGGUGGGCACUUGGCUCUUUGCACCAUUCCUGUUCAAUCCUUCUGGAUUUGAGUGGCAGAAGAUUGUGGAUGACUGGACUGAUUGGCACAAGUGGAUCAGCAAUCGUGGAGGUAUUGGUGUGGCACCAGAGAAAAGCUGGGAGUCAUGGUGGGAAAAAGAGCAGGAGCCCCUUCGUUACUCUGGGAAGCGUGGUACUAUUGUUGAAAUACUGCUUGCAUUGCGUUUCUUUAUCUAUCAAUAUGGACUCGUGUAUCAUCUGAAUAUAACGAAGAAGAUAACCAAGGAUAACCAGAGUGUGCUGGUUUAUUGCUUCUCAUGGGUUGUAAUUUUCGUUGUUUUACUCGUUAUGAAGACCGUAUCAGUGGGGAGGAGGAGGUUCAGUGCAGAGUUCCAGCUAGUGUUCCGGCUGAUCAAGGGUCUCAUAUUUAUAACUUUUACAGCCAUCGUGGUAAUCCUAAUAGCAAUCCCUGGCAUGACGGUUCUGGACAUCUUUGUUUGCAUCCUUGCCUUCAUGCCCACUGGAUGGGGUUUGCUCCUGAUUGCCCAAGCUAUCAGGCCUGUGAUUCAAAAGAUCGGGCUGUGGGGGUCGAUCAAGGCUCUUGCCCGGGGCUACGAGAUCCUAAUGGGGCUUCUCCUGUUCACGCCCAUUGCUUUCCUUGCCUGGUUCCCGUUCGUGUCCGAGUUCCAGACCAGGAUGCUGUUCAACCAGGCCUUCAGCAGAGGUCUGCAGAUCUCCCGUAUCCUGGGAGGACACAAGAAAGACCGAGGGACGCGGAGCAAGGAGUAGUAGGGCUGCUGAUUGAAGGUCCGUCUAUCGGGAGUUAUGUCGUCCUGGAGCGGUCUAUCAGGUUCAGAGAAUAUUAGGGUCCGUAUGUAUGUAUGUGUGUGUCGCACCUAGCACCAGUAGUAUGUAUGUAUGUAUGCGUAUGUAGGUUCAGAGAAUAUUAGGGUCCCUAUGUAUAUGUAUGUAUCAGGAUUGCUAUGGUCUUUUGGAUUGGAAGAUCUGAGAUUUGCUGGUGCAAUGGCCAGUAUCUGACAUCCAAAUGUUGAAACUAUAAUUAGGCUC